GGAAUAUAUACGUAUCCACUUUCUAUAUGUCAAAAAUAAUAUCUUAUUUUGUUAGUUCAUUCAAGUGUAUAUUAUUCUUAAUGUAAUUACAAUAAUCUCUCUAAAUGUGUUAAUUGUUCUAUCUCGUUAUAUGUAUUAUUUUGUUACAUCGUUCUAAAUGCAAUGAAGGAGAAAGAGAGAGAAAGACAGAAAGAGAGAAAAAGAGAAAAAGAAAAAAGCAUUGAUAAGUACAUAAGACAUAAAACGAAAAUACGGGACUUUGUUGGUGGGAAUAGUACGACAACCUUGUGAGAAGUAAGGAAAUGACCGGUGAUACGUCAAAAGACGAGACACAAUUGAAAGGGCCUAUACCAGCGAAAAAGUAUUAUCUAUUUAUAACGAAAGAACGUGUAUCUUGUAGCUUAGCCAUUUUAGAGAUCAAGCGAAUUGAAUGAAGGUACGCCGUCGUGUGGCACGUGAUGUAUCAUAGAAAAUUAUAUAAAGACUAGUGUGAUCCGAAUGAAGCGUUUAGUCUGUUGCUAUCUUUGAUACGGAGUAGUUACAUACAGAUCGUCGAUCGAUAGAUUGUAGCUGCGCGAAACUUCCAUUUUUAUUUUUUAAAUCAUUUUAUUAAAUAUUAUAUUUUGAUAGAAAUUAUAGAGAACAAAUUCAUGCAAAUUUGUUAUAUGAAAUUAUAGUUUUAAUCGAACGAUUCGUUUUGAUUAAAAAAAAAAGAAAAAAAAAAGAAAAUACAUAUAAACAAAAUUUUUUAUAUGAAAAAUUGUAAUAUUCUUUUAUAAAUCCAAUAUAUAUAAUGAUGGCAACAUUUAAUCGUUUUUUCGGAUUUUGGACAAAUGAUUCUAAAAUUGACGAAGCUACAGGACUCACAGAAAGACAAAAGAAACUUGUACAGAAUACGUGGGCUAUUAUAAAGAAAGAUCAAGUUGCAUCCGGCUGUGCUAUAAUGUUGGCCUAUUUCAAGAAAUUUCCGGAACAUCAGCAAAGUUUCCCAGCAUUUAAAAAUAUGCCAAUAGAUCAACUAAAUAACAAUAAAAAAUUUCAAGCUCAUUGCGCAGGUAUAAUAGCUACAAUAAGUACCGUCAUUGAUUCUUUACAAGAUUUUGAUCUAUUAGUAGAAAACGUAACUAUUUUUACGGAAAGACAUAGGAAACGUGGUCAGACUGUAAAAUCAUUUGAGGAUUUAAAACCGGUAGUAGCGGAAGUUCUUCGAGAAGCUUUAGGAAAACAGUUCACAUUGGAAGUAGAAGAAGCAUGGAAUAAAACAUUGGACGUUUUCUUUUCGAAAAUAUAUGAAAUUUUGGGUUAAAAGAUUAUUUUUCUUUAAAAGUAAAAAAUAUUAUAUAUUUUUAAUAUUAUAAGAAAAUAUUACAUUCCUUGCAUGCAUUUUAUGGAAGUUUAUAUAUUUAACGAAACUACCCUGACAUAUUCAUAUAUAUAUACAUAUAUGUAAACUAUAUUUUAAAAAUAUAAUCUAUUGGGGUUUAAUUUAUAAAGAAAUGAAUUGUUAUUUAAAAAAUCAUGUUUAUUAACUUUCUUUAUCCAUUUUCUGUUGCAUUCUUGGUGAAUAUAAAAUUACAAUAGUUUAUCUCUGAUCAGUCAUUCAUGCCUAUA